AUGGGAGGCGGCCGCCGGGGUCCCUCGGCGCGCCUCUCCCGGCCGGGCCGCUCGCAGCCGGGGCCGCCCGGCGCCUUGGGCGCCGCCCUCGCGGCCGCUCCGAGGGAUGGGAUGAGCCCAGCCGAUCCGAGCCGAGGCGCCGGGGGAGGGCCUCGCUCAGCGCCUACCGAGCGGCAACGACCGGGCUCCCGGCGCCCAUCGCGUCGGCAACAAGUGCUGGGCUGCGCGCUUGACACGGAGCGUGAGGAGAAGACGGGCCGAGCGAUCGCCGCCGCCCCGCGGGAUGAAGAGGACGAGGAGGACAGGAGAAGGACUGCCCCGCCGCCGGCCCGCUGUCUGGCCGGAGCGACAGGCCCGCGGUGUCCCGGAGUGACGGCGCGGAAGCGGCCGGCGCUCCCCUCGCCUCGCUAUCCCUCCCGCCCCGGCCGCCCCUCCCCGCCCUCUCGCGUAGCGCUGCCCGGGCGGCGCCGUUUCCUGCGGGGCGGGGCAGUGCGGGUCCCGGCACCUCCCCCUCCUCCUGCCGCCGGCGCGUGCGCACCCCAUUCUCCCGCCCGCUUCCCGCGCUCCCGGAACCGCCUCGCCCCGCCCGCCCCGCCACGACUCCUCCGGCGCAUGCGCAAACGCCAUUCCACUGCCGCCGCCGCCGCCCCCCAACAGCUGCGCGCCGGCAACAGCGGGGUGAGGAGGUGGGUCGUCUAUCCACGUGACGAGGCGGUGGCGGAGCGCGCCAAUAGCAGCGCGCCGAGGCGUCCGGCGGGGUGCAGGAGUCGAGCGCUCGAGGAGGUUCUUCUUCUUUACUUCCUUAUUUGUAUCUCGGUGGCCAGCCCUGUACUCGCAGCUGGGCAACGAACGAGAGCUGUUUGUUUGCCGAAGAGCCCUUAA